AUGAACGUGAUGAGGAGGAUCCUCUUUGCCCUGGUGGCAGUAAGUAGCACAGUGGUCCAUGGUACGGAAGUGAAGGACAAACUAUUUAAAGGUAUAAAAAGGAACACCACAUUUUUAGUAUUGAAUGAACCCAUUGUGGACCUGGGGCUCAGUGAAGGGUUGUUGCACACCCUACUGUUCGACCUGGAGGUCGGAGAUAACCUGUACACCCUGGACGAGAAUCUAUUGAACCAGAAUAAUUUGAAGCAUUCGAAUAUUUUCCACCUGUUGAAAGACAUAUACAAGCAGGUGGAGGAGAAUGGCCAACGGGGAGACGCCAUUCGGUAUGUGUUCCUCUGCACGUCUUUCACCAGAGUGCACCCGCUAAACCUGGAGCUUCUUCUGCGCAAGUUCAACAAGUACAUUUAUAACGGGAACAGCCACGAGAAGGGGGACAUAGACGUGGGCGGGAUUCUCCGGGAGUACAAUGAGGAGGUGCAGGGGAAGCGAGCCGCGUUGGGGGGGAUGAGCAGUGUGGGUGGCCGCGACAGCGGCAGUGGGAUCCCCGCCAAGGACCUCAUCGAACGCAUGGUGCAGGAGCAAGUGGACUUCCUUUCAAAUGACGACAAGGAAGGGAGUGAUAAGUUUGUGAAGCCAGGUGGAACAUACAAGGGGUUCUUCAUUGGAUACGGCUUUAGUGACCCAGUCCCGUCUAGCGCAAGUGGGACCCCCGCCAAAAAUGGGUUCCUUUUCCCCUCCUUAAAUAGCGGCCUUAUAAUGGACAUCACGCUGUUAAGGAACCUUUACAACCAUUUGAUGAUGCAUUCCGGGGGGGAACAAAAUUUAAAGCUAAUAAAAGAUAACGUACGUGAACUGUCCAAUUAUAUUGAGGAGCAUGUGCAGGUGAAGCUAACCCCAUUUGAAAAUGCUUGCCUCACAGAUCGAGGCAACGUUUUCCUUGUUGAGAACGAGGGAGGAACAAGGUAUGAUGUGUAUAGGUAUUACCUUGUGCUGCAUCUAUUUAGGGAUUACAAAAAGGAGAAUAAUGUUGAUAAAGGACAUGAUGUGGGGGGAACGGAAAUGAUGACCCCCUCGGGUGAAGAACAACAACCAACUGAUAUACAAAUGGCACAACUAAUAGUCACCUACUUCAAUCUGGAAUACCCCAUAUCCACAUGCACAAGUUAUUCCAUUCGUUCUAAUCAGGAGACAUUUGUGGAUUACGACAAUUAUCACCUCAUGAGUAUUGAAAAUGAAAUAAAGCUAGACAAGUACAUCAGGGAGACAGAGGACGUGGAGUACAACUCCAUUGAAGAAUAUAAAAGGAAGUUGAGUCAGAUUAAUCACAAGUAUGACAACCUGUUUGAUGAAAGUGAACGUACCUGGACUCAUAAAAAUAUUCUGCUCGGAGUUGUAACGAGUGCUGAAACGGAACAUCGAAUAGCCCAUGUGAAGAACACCUAUGGGAAUAAGAAAAUGACUCAGCAGGUGUUCAAUUUGUACUAUGGUCACGGGGGGGGAGAGGGUUCCUCUGAAAAAGGCAACCAAUCAAGUGGAGCAAAAGGACAGGAAAAACAUGGCUCAAAAGAAAAUAUUCUCGACCAUGAUUUCCUCAAAAGUGCCUUCGAAAAUGAAAAAAUUGACAUUGAAAUAAUUUACUUCUCCGAUAAGGAGAGCAAACAGUAUGAUGACACCCUCCACUUGGAGGAGGAAGACAAAGAAGCGGACUCUUCAAAUGAGCAAGACUUGUGGAAGAAGGAAAAAAAUAUAAUUUAUUACUUGUAUGAAGAAUAUGUUAGGAAAAAUUCGCCAAAAAAUUUUUUUUUCAUUUCGCAUGAUGAUACGUUUGUGAAUGCAAAGACGUUAAUCGAUGUGAUCAACCUAACUCGUAACGAAUGCACUCACUCGAGGAGACACAUGUUGAGCAAAUACGUCAAGUCACUUGACCACAUGGAUGAAAGGGAAGCUAAGUUUUUGAACAAUUUUGACCAAAAAUACUUACCCCUCUAUAGGUACCUCAAAGCGAACUUUGUAAAAACAAUUAACGAGUUGAAGAAAUAUGAUUAUGUGCCGACCUACUGUAAAGGUGCGGGGGGAGGGAAGGGUGUGUCUGGCGGGGUGCCUCUCACAAGUGUGCCCCUUUACAUCGGGAAGAGGUACUCCAGCAACUCCUUGUCUGGGCAUGAAAGCAGCUUCUUCCCCUACUUGGCUGGCGCUGCCGGGAUGGUGCUCAACGCGGAGGCAGUGAAAAAGAUUUACUUCUGCAACGGGGGCUGCGAUGGGGAGCGGUCCCACAGGCAGCGUUCACAUGGUGAGCAGCGUCCACAUGGCGAGUGCGACGCGAGCCUACUCAACGACGCCGCUCUUGGCCAGUGGGCAAAGGGGUUAGGAAUCCUGCCCAUCAAUUUCGAAGGUUUCUUCCCCAACGGCCCCGAACAAUACCCCGCAGAAUACCUAAGCACGAUAACGCCCGUUUCAUUUCACAAACUAAAUGAAGGGAGGACAGUUGAAGAAACGAAGGAAGCGUUCUUUCACCAUCUAGUUAAUCCUACCCAAGGAAAGAACAAAACCAACCACAAGAAGGAACAAGACAUAUGUGUGGAUUACCUAGACAGAAAUUACAAAAACACAAUUGAUAAUAUAUUUCACUUCUUCUUCUAUGUGAAUAAAAUGAAAGAGUGUACAUCGGAUGAGUCUGUAAUUAAAACGACGGAACGGAUAUACGACAAAAUGGGUUCUAGUAAAAAGUUCAGUCACCUCUUUGAAAUGACUACCUUCUUUACACCGGACGUGGAAGACAUGCUUUACUUCCAGAAGAGGUCAUCUAGCAAGGGAAACCUUAACAAUGAAAAGGGAAGCAAAGACACGUACACUAACAAUUAUGUGCACAACAAGGAUGCACCAGCUGGGCAUGGACACACUGGAAGGGAAGACUUCACCAACUUUAGUGCAAUGGACGACCUGGGGGAGGACGACGACUUGGGAGAACAGGAGCACUUGAAUGCCAUGAACGACUUCGGGUCGCUAGACGAUAUUGAUGAAGAGGAACAGUUUGAUGAUGAUGAUUACGAUUAUGAAGAGUACCUGGAUGGACUAGGGGCGCAUAAAAAGGACCCCGGGGGGGACCCUACGCAUGGCCCCCGCGACGACCACAACGGUGACCACAACGACGACGAGAAUGACGACGAUAAUGACGACAAUGACGAUAAUGAUGACCAUGAUGGAAGUUUGGACCUUCCUCCUGAAGGAGGCGAAUUAUAG